UCCUCCCCGCGGGCGUUAGCGAUCAUUGGCUCGUCAAGUCCGACGGCUUCGCCUGGCCCCUCCCCGUCCCUCCCCCUGCCGCUGCCCGGGGUUUUGAGUUCCCCUUUCGGCGGGAAGGCGCGCCAAGUUGCAGCUUGCGAGACCGGCUGUCCCCGGCGUUAUGGCGACUGGACGCGGUUGGAUUCUACAACAGCACCGUUUAGGAGUCUCGCGCCUUGCGGUUUUCGUUCCCGGCGGUCCCGGACGGGGCGGGGCGACGGCAUCGUCAACUCUUCCUUCUUGCACUGAACCCAAACGCUCAACUGUUACAGCCAUGCAACCUUCCGAAUCCAAACCGAUGCAUAUUCAAAAGCAGCGUUGGAAGCCGUUUACUAAAUUGACCUCUACAACAAGAAUUGAGAGCUUGCCCUCAGAGAUAAUACUGAAGAUAUUCUCGUAUCUGGAUACUGUGACUCUGCUGUGUGUUGGCUGUGUGAAUAAACGCUUUUAUCACCUAUCCAAUGACAACACGAUCUGGUUAAAAAUAUACUCCAAGUCAUUUCUUCCUAAAAGAAACAAAUGGAGGACUGAAGCUGUGCAGGAAUUGUCUGUUUCUCUGAGUCUUUCUGAUUUGCAGCAUAGGGAAUCAGGAUACUGGAAGAAAGAGUACAUCAUAAAAAAAAUAGCUUCUGGCAAAGCUGGAAUAAUUCACCUUCUGAAGUCCAUAAAUACUUACACAGGCCUUCCAGUUGAAACCAAAAAUGCCAUCAAAAUGUCUGGUUUGAGAUGGAUCAUCAUAUUAAAAGAACGAAGUGGCAAUGAACAUGUAAUGGAUCAGGCAGACAUUUCUUUUAAUGAGACCUCUAUUACUAUAUGUUGGUAUGGUAUUAGUUGGCCUUCUUUAGACAAUGUAUCAUGUCUGCGUUUAUAUGGAGUGACACCAGUGCUUCUAGGUGAGGGUAAAACUUAUCUCAAGAAUGGGCCUUGGCGACGUUCCCUGAUUUCGGAAUACCAGCUUGCCAAUCUGACUCAAAAUGCUGAAAUGAUUGGGGGCGAUGCACUUGUUGAACUUUACCAUGUUGAACAAGGAGUCUUGCUGGGAGUUUGGAAUGUAAGAUCACUUUCCUUGUACAAGAAAAAUGAAAUUGCUUUUGUUAUGGCAUGUCUUCAUUACCAUCAGCUUAUUGAGCGAAGCAUCCUUGGCUCUGCUACAGCGAUGCAUACUGUAGCCCCAGAUAAGGCAAUGUUGGAUGAUAUUGACGCAGAAUAUGGCCUGCAUGGCUAUCAGCUGCACAUUGAUAUGCAUAGCAAAGGAAAGCCUUACAUGUGUGGAACGUUUCGCAGUUUGUUUUGUAGAAAAGAAUACAUUAGAAAUGGGUACCUGAAGCUUACAGUGAUAAGUUACAAAAAUAAUUCCCAGCAUUUGCCUCUUGUUGGAAAAAUUGGUCUCUCUUGGAAGACUGAUGCACUUGAAGGUAUUAUUCAGAAUUGCUUCAUUAUGGAUGUGACUGUUCUGGAUGAAUCACAAAAACCAUUUUGGUGUUUUAGUGCCCCAGUCAACAUGGUAAUCGCUUCCAAAGUACCUGAACUCUAUAAAUUUUUUGGACCCAGCUAUUACUUGAAUCAUGUGGAUUCCACUGGAAAAGUACAUGUGGAAAUGGUUUGGAUGGAAGACACAGAAGAAUACUGUAUAACCAGUCUGGUUCUUUAUUUGAGCACCCAAAAGGUUAAUAGCUGGUUUGGCCGAAAUUACUGAGUGUAGUUUCUUGAAAUUAUUGUUUUUCUUGAAGGGAACUCGUUUGGAUUUAUAUUUUGUUAGUAAAAUAGAGCCCCCCAGUAAUGUUCAUUUUUUUAGAAAAAAUAUUGCAUUGGUUAUUUGUGAACAACAAAAAAGUGUGCUUGCUUUUUGGGAGCAACUUCUAAUUUUAGUAUUGUAAAAAUAUAAAUAACUGUCACUUUGGAGUGCUGUGUGUGUUACUGCAGAAAUUCAAAUUAAAAAUAGUCAGGAACAUUUCCUAUAUCCUUCAGUAUAGUAAAUUAUGGGUUUGUAUUUA